AUGAUAACUAAUACGAAUGGCAUUGCUGAAUCAAUAUAUCACUAUAUUUGGUUGAAGGAUGAUUCAUUACUCAAGGAGUCUUUUCAAUUGAGAUUGCCAGAUACAAUUAUAUUUAAGAAUGGAAUGCCUUAGGUUUGGUAUUUUACAAAUUAAUCAGGAGAAAUCCUUAUGAAGAAGAAUGAUUGUCGUAAACCUGAAAAUAUCAUCAACCAUUUUUGCAAUAAUAGCAAAUAAAAUGGAUAAGUUGUUGCAUAUUAUAUCUACAAUAGCAAAUACAAUGUGAAAGAUCCAAUCAAUGAUCCCCAUGAUAUCAAAAAAACUAAGCAAUUUGAUGUCAAUGAGAAGAUCUGCAUCUAUUAUUUGACCAAAGAAACAUUUCCAUAAUUUAUUAAAAAUAAUAAUAAAUCUCCUGAGGGAAUCCUCCAGAGAUUUAUUGAUCCUAUUGCGAAUCAUGAACAACUGAUCUAAGCUAUUUGGAGUCCCUCAGUUUGCAUACUUUCAAAAAAGUAAAACAACAGGGAUCUCUAUGAUAUGCAGUUUGAUCCGUAUGAGAGAUGUGCAACAUUCGAUGGGUGUGAAGCAUAUUCAAAGGUGAUUCCAUUGAGAGGCAAACAAAUCUCACAUGAAAUUAGAAAAUAGUGUUAGAUGAUCAUUCAAAAAUUGACUAAUUUAAGUUAUGGAUAAACAAAUAUAUCAAGAGUCGUAAUGUACUUUAAACCUGAUAAACAGAACCACGUUUGGUUUCUGUAUUGUUCAUCUAUUCGAUUGCAAGGAGAACCCGAUGAAUAAAUAGAGCAAUAUAAAUCUAUCUGGGGGAACUCAAAUAUUAAGAAGAAUAACACUCCAAUAUCUUUCAAUACUAAUUUCAAAAGACCACAUUAAAUUAAAAAUGUGCUAACUGUUAAUACUAUGCAUCCAGUUACUCUAAUUAAAAAUAUAGAAUGUGUUGAAUGUGGAUCACUCUGUUAAAAAGAUGAUCUAUAUCAUUUAGCUUAUGAAUUUAUCAUUAAACAUUUUGAGCUGAAUCCCAAUUCCAAUCCGAUAAUUAAUGAAAACAUUUUAGUUAUUAAACCCAAAUCCUUUUUUGUAAGCUAAGAUCACAUCAGAGACAUACAUUCUCAUAUUCCUCCACUCAUUAUUAAACUAUACCCAUAAAUAACUGUAGCUUUAUAUGAAUAGAUGAAAGUUAAUGAUGCUUUCUUAAUAAAAACGAUUCUAGUUUGUGAGUCCUGCUUUCUUAAAUACAGUUCAUCAAACUCCACUUUGUCUGGUGCAAGCUAGAGAGUAACUAAACAAAAGAAAAUGGCAGUGAGACUGAAGAGUGCCAGCAUUUUAUAGAGGAAACCAGAAAUCAAGGAAUAUUUGUUUUAAUAAAAUUUAGAUCUCAUUAAAUAAAAAAAAGAAGCCUUUUUUAAAACUAAUAGUAAUAAAUAAUCAUUUAACAGUAACUCUUAAUUCUCAACAGUCUUAAAUACUCAUUCAGCUUCGCAUAAGUAUAAGUUGUCACUCGAAAGCAAUUUCGAUCAAAUUAGUUUUCAAUUAAAUACUGCUAGAUGA